CCUUUCAUGCGCAGAAGGUUUGACCUACAGUUUCGGGAGAUCAUGGCUGCGGUCCGGUUAAGCCAGCAGGUUCGUCAGCUGAGCACGACGGCGGUGAGGCCCGCAGCCAAGCUAGUGAAGCCCCCCAUCCAGGUAUACGGCGUGGAGGGCCGCUACGCCACGGCACUCUUCUCAGCCGCCAGCAAGCAGAAGAAGCUGGAUCAGGUGGAGCAGGAGCUGGGCCGUGUCAAUAAUCUGAUCAAGGACCCCAAGCUGUCGAGCAUUGUGCUGAACCCCCAUGUGAAGCGCAGCAUCAAGCAGAAGACCUUCACCGAUGCUCUCGCAAAGGAGAAGCUUUCCCCCAUCACCAUUAACCUCAUCAAUGUUCUGGCUGACAAUGGCCGCCUGACCCUGACCUCUGAUGUCAUCGCUGCUUUUGGCAAGAUGAUGAGCGCCCACCGCGGGGAGGUCAUCUGUUCUGUCACCACUGCCCAGCCACUGGAUGAGGCCAACUUGACAGAGCUGAAGACAGCCCUUAAUGGGUUCCUGCAAAAGGGAGAGACACUGAAGCUGGAGACCAAGUCUGACCCCUCCAUCUUGGGUGGAAUGAUUGUCAGCAUUGGGGACAAAUAUGUGGAUAUGUCCACCAAGACCAAGAUCCAGAAGCUGAGCAAAAUCAUGAGGGAGACUUAGAUCCUGUGGACUCAGUGUAAGCAUGAAAGAGUGGGAAUAUAUGUGUUUGUCACUGCCUGGCUCCUGACCAGCAUAAUGAAGAAAAACACUGUCUCUUGUGUUCAUAAUAAAUAUUAUGUAAGGCAGAA